AUGACGCUUAAGGGAUUCCUACUCCUUGCUCUACUAGCAAAUUUAUUCCGCAGUCCGACAAAUGCUUUGAAGUCACGGUGGUCACCAUGCAACGAAACCAUCGAUUGCGGUCAUCGGCCUUGGAAGACCACUGUCUGUAUUGACUGUCGGAACCGUAGACUGGAAAACCCUCCAGAAUGGAGUACAAACGCUUCUUCAGAUGCAAUUGAUUUCAGUGGAAACAGCUUGAGAGAUACAAACAUCAGUCUUGAUGAUGGUAUCUCUUUAACAUACCUAUCUCUAUCUCAAAAUGAAAUAUCUACCAUUGGCCCUUGGGAUGAUGACGGCUUGAAAACAUUAAGAUAUGUCUAUUUGGACGGAAAUAGAAUCAAGGGGCUUCCUAAAGAUGUCUUUGGGAACCUUACAGAACUGAGGUGGCUUGAUCUGAGCAACAACGAGAUAACAUCUGAGCACAUCGAUCUCUUCUGGGCAGCAAAUGGAUCACAACUUGUAGGACUUGACCUGUCGUCAAAUCUCCUAUCUGCUCUUACCAGACAGAUAUUCAUCGGUCUCUCUUUCUUGACAAAUGUGUACUUAUGGGAUAACCGCAUCAAUGUCUUGGAAUCUGGGUGGGGUGAUGGCUUGCAGAAUCUAAGGCACCUCAUCAUAUCCCACAAUAGACUAUCAGAAAUCUCUAAUAUCACGUUCAGUGGUCUUAGAAAGCUUGAUACACUCCAUCUUCAGUUCAAUUGUAUCACUCACCUCGAAGACUGGUGGAUGCAAGAUCUGCAGAACCUCAGGAACCUUGAUCUAUCUUACAACAACAUAUCACACAUCUAUCCUCAAACUCUGCUCAACCUGAGUUCCUUAGCCGUACUGAACUUGAUGCAAAACCCAAUGGUUGACAUUUAUCUGCCUGUUUAUCCAAUGCUGAAGACUCUCUACAUCUCUAACAUAUUGAUUAAAAACGUGACCCUCCUGUUGGAUAUGAUUCCGCCAAAUGUGAAUACACUUUAUGUUGACGAGGACCAAUGGAAUUUGACAGCCGAGGCAGUUAGAUGUAAUCUUAAUAACGAAGGCAUAGACGUUGUAAUUAAAGAAAUCCAUAAGGAAAAUUUAUGUGAAAUAGCUAAAAAUAUCUCCACAAAUGAAACCGUUUCGCCUCCAGAACCUGUUUCAUCAAAAUGGGCUUUCUGGUUUCUGCUUCUUGUGGCAAUUGGCUUGGUUGCAGCGAUCGUAGUUGCUGCAUUUUGCCUAUAUCGUGCAAUUGUUCGACAGCACCAUUGUGAGCAUGAGAUUCACAUCCGAAAGAAGCAGAGUAUUGUGUAUGUGCCUUUCACGGAAUCAUUGAGGAUAAUGAAUUCUGCUUCGAGCAGUCGAUGUGGAACCCUUGAGGCUCAUCGCCAGGAUGAAACUAAACCCCAAGGUUGCAGCGUGGAAAUAGGAAGACCUGCACUCAAACGGAACCAGAGUGGCCUUGCAGCAGCUUUCUCAGAGCUUCAUAAGGUUCAGUGCAGUAGUGGUAUUGAUAAAGUAGACAUGCCAGUACCUGGUAGCAAGUUUCAUCCGGGCUCUUCCGAUGGUGGUGAGAUAUUCAUCACAGAGGGACUUCACGAAAGGAAGCAAACAACAAUGCUUUCCUUCAAACCGAUGGGUUAUCGUCAGCGGCGUAGAAAUAGUCUUCCAGACAGGCCAAUGUCCCAAAAUAAAGAUGGAUGGCUGUAUGAAAUUAUUCCUCCCGAAUCCGAUAACAAUCCAUCCCCAAGUCAUGUUGGUAGAAACGUAGCACAACUGAGACGGGACUCAAAGUUGCUUUACCAGAACAUUGCGGGACGAUGUUGGACAAGUCGUGCGGAAAGACUCGCCUCUCAGCGAAUGAAAAAGAGCAACGGCAAAUACAACCUGCUCCGAAGCCUCAGCACCCCUACGGAAUUAGAGACCGAAAAUGACAACUGUUUUCCGCCAAUACGGGAAGACGCACCUCCGGUUACUCCCAGACCAAUAAUCACUCUGACCCCACCGACCAGUAACAGUUAUGAAGACGUAGAAACGGUACUCUAUGAGGAAUGUGAUCGACACGAAAUAGACCAAGUUCUUAGCGGUGAGACAGACUUCUACGAUGACGUGUUUGAUGACGAUGAAAACUAUAUUGUCGUGUUGCCCUCAGACACGGAUAAGUUAUUACCAGAAGCAAAGGAAGAACAAGUCGAUGAAAGACGCCUAUCUACUCCUUCAGGCAAAAACGAUAUCGAAACCUCCAAUGGACAACAUUCUCAAACAUAUGAAAACUUUCCCGACCGCACUGAUGACACGCACGUUGACCAUCACGACUAUGUCAAUGCUGCGUUCACUGAAAUUCCAAACUGCGAUGACGAAUCCCUUGAUGAUUUCUCAAUGGGACUCUCCGAAAGCGACGAGGAGAAAGGCGAAGACAGGAUCCAACUGUAUGGUGAUGAUGGAAAACUUCUUCGAAUACCGUCGGUGAGGGAUUCCGUCUUGACGCAGUCGACAUUCGAGACUGUUUCACUGUUAUUGAGUGUGUCCGGUGAGAACAUGUUUUCUAGUACGUCUAGCUUUGAAUUCGAUGAGGAUGACCACGAUGACAAGGCGAUGAUAAACAGCGAAAUGCAUACACUGUGAUCAUUGAAGAGGAUUGGCGCCGGUUGGCCUUCGCACUCGAUGCGUCAGUCCGAUUGUGCUAAUACCUGACUGUGCUAAUCCAGCCUGUGAAAGCAAUACUCAGGAUUAUUUUCUCUGGGAAUCCUGCAUUCUCCUUUGUUACAUAUCACUCGUGAAUGGCACGUCAAAGACCGUCCUAGUUACUGACCCCUACAUAAUGUCUUGUGGUACUUUCUUUGGUACGAGCUGUACCACAAAAAUAUCACUGGAACAUCUGAUAACAGAUUACAUGUGGUACUGUACCAUGGACCAUGGUAUUUCCAAACAGAGCUGUACAUUGCGCAGUAAUCUGAACCAAUAUUUUGUGUGUGUGGAAUGUUUAAUGAGAUAUGUAUAUACACCUAAGUAAAAUAUCGAUGAAAAUGAGGUAUCUAAAUAUUAUUCCAUUACUCAUGAUCUUUUUAAAGAAGACAUAGUUGUUCAAAUAAGUAAUCAUCGACUCAACUUUGUCUCCUUAUACACAUGUAUUGUUGUUUUCCAAUAUGAGGAUAUUGUAAUCAAUCAAAAAAGCAGAAAGGAAGCUUUAAACUUGUAAAAUAUAGAUACCGAUAGAGAAAAACGCUAUUUAUUUAAUCAUUCAUGCAAUAAUGCAGUACAGCUCAUAGAAACCAAUGACUUUUAUGGAAAUCCACAUUAUUUAUGCUCACCAUAUUUGCAAACAUUGCAAUACGAAUGGUGAAGUCACAUGAAAAUCGGGGUUCGUAAUCUUUCUAGUCUCAAACGAAGUAAUCUUGAUUUCAAAUCAGCAAAAUAAUACACCUCUAAAAAGUCUACUUUUUCUGUCCAUUCUUUUUUCUUCUUUUUUUUGGCCCCUAUCUAUCUCUCUUUCUUUGUUUGUUUCUCCUACCCGCGAUCUGUAUCUCAUAAUAUUUAACUCAUUUCCUUUUUACAUCCUAAAGCCCAGCGCA